AUGUCCUCCGGCAAAGGUCAGCGCGAAUCCGUCUUCCCGACACGUCAAGCGCUCGGUUCCGCCAAAACCCGGCUCAAGGGCGCCCAGACCGGUCACUCUCUGCUCAAAAAGAAGGCCGAUGCGCUCACCAAACGUUUCCGCACCAUCACGCACAAGAUCGACGAGGCCAAGCGGAAGAUGGGCAAGGUGAUGCAGCAGGCGUCGUUCAGUCUGGCCGAGGUGCAGUAUGCGACGGGCGACAUUGGGUACAUCGUGCAGGAGAGUGUCAAGUCGGCGAGCUUCAAGGUGCGCGCCAAGCAGGAGAAUGUGAGCGGUGUGAUAUUGCCUGCCUUCGAGGCGGAUAUCAAGGAGAAGAGCAACGGAAAUCAGGGAAGUGGUGGCGAGUUUGCCCUCACCGGUCUCAGCAGAGGUGGUCAGCAGGUGAACAAGGCACGAGAGAUGUACACUCAGGCGCUCAAGGUCUUGGUCGAGCUGGCGAGCUUGCAGACCGCAUUCGUGAUUCUGGACGAGGUCAUCAGGAUGACCAACAGGAGAGUCAACGCUAUCGAACACGUCAUCAUUCCAAGACUGGAGAAUACCAUCAGCUACAUCGUCUCCGAGCUGGACGAGGCGGAUAGGGAGGAGUUUUUCCGGUUGAAGAAGGUGCAGGCCAAGAAGAAGGACAAGGCCGAGGCUGCGGAUCGACAGAAGGAAAAGAAGAAGGAUGAUGACGAUGAAGAGGAGGACGAGGAGGGUGGUGAUGAUGAGGGCAGGAGGAAAAAGAAGGACGAUGACGAUGAAGAGGAAGACGACGAUGGGCAGUACAAGAUGCAGGAGGCCAGCGAAGGGGGUGCAGACGACGAGCGCAGCAAGGACAUGCUCUCAGGCGGCAAGGACGAAGAUGUCAUUUUCUGA